AUAUAUAUAUAACCUAGUCUGAACUGUAAAAUCUUGCCAGUUGUUAACAACAGAUUGAUAUUCAUGUUAGUGACAAAGUAGUGAGUCUUUUUUCGGUGAUUUGAAGUUUUUUAGAAAUUUCCAAAAUGAAAGAACGGACUAUACAGAUUUUCACUUACGUUUUCGUAUUAAAAAAUGAACUUUUCUCACAUCCAAGUGAAUAUUUAUAACAAAAGUGAAAACUGUCGUAUAGAGUGGUAUUUAAACAUUGAACAUUUGAAAUGGAUCACGGGUAUUACGGAUCCAUAAGUAUUCCUUACAAUUCGGAGGAAAUCGAGAAAUUGAUUCCUAUAAAAAGAUCGUCCAUCAAAAAAGAUUAUCAAGGUCUAAAAAUUUUAGGAAUGUGCAGAUCUACGUAUUUAUUUUCAGUUUUUUUGUUUUUUUAUAUUUUUUUCGUAUGCAGUGGAGCGGCUAUAUUCACUUAUUUAGAAGAUCCUCAGGAUAGACUUACUAGGAUGCGAUUAAGGGCAGCUAUACAGAAAUUUCACUCAGCAAAUCCUAAUGUAACAGAUGUCGAUUUGGAAGAGUUAAUUUCUGAAAUUAUACAUGCCAGCAACAGAGGAGUGUCGGCUGUGAGAAAUGCAACUGGAGAACCAAAUUGGAGUUUUGGGCAAUCGCUUUUCUUCGCGAGCACAGUCGUGACAACAAUAGGUUAUGGUCACGUAACGCCUCUGAGUAGAACUGGUAAAGUUUUCUGCAUGUUGUAUGCGAUGGUUGGCAUUCCUUUGACAUUGGUACUUCUUUCUGCAUUAGUGGAAAGACUUUUGGUACCAACAAUUGGAAUACUACAAUGGCUUAAUUCGCGACUUGGUCAUUUGUAUCAACCUUUUAAUAUUAGAAUAAUGCACCUUAUGAUUAUUGUGCUCAUCCUGGUAUGCUUUUUCCUGUUGCUUCCGGCCGCUAUAUUUGCUACAAUAGAACCAGAAUGGGACUAUUUAGAUUCGAUAUAUUAUUGCUUCAUAUCCUUGACAACCAUAGGUUUAGGGGAUUACAUACCUGGUGAUUCAUUAGAUCAGCCUUACCGUCCGCUCUACAAAAUAGCAACAACUUGUUACCUAUUUUUGGGCAUAACUAUAAUGAUGUUAACGCUAGCAGUAUUCUACGACAUUCCACAACUCAAUUUAGGUUUACUCUUUACGGUUAAAGGUGAUGAAAGUUCUGAAAAAUUACGUUUGGCUUCUUCUGGUCACGAUAUUCAUUACGGAGCUAAUACUUUAACGCAACAAAACGAAGAAGAAAAUACUCAUAGACAAGUAGUAAGGGUUAGAUCUCGACGGAACGACAGUCCAAGUCCAGAAGAUUCUGUUUUGAAGAUGAUUCCAUAAAAAAUAGUAGAAUUACAAUCCAUUACGUUUAGGUGAAAAUAUUUGAACCCGUCAUUUCGAAAAAAUAUGUAAAAAAAUAUUUUUCAUGACUCAAGUAAAAUUUAUAUUUUACUGGAUGAUUUGGAAAUUUUUGUUUAUAGAAUUUUCAUUAUAUUAGUUAGGCAUGAUUCCAGUAUUUUAAUUUAUCAUUUUCUCCGAAAUACUUCACAGUAGUUUUGAUUCCGGGUUUUACAGAUUUCAUGCUACUUUUAUAGAUCUAGUGCAUUUGUGUUAUCUGAAAAUUAUUAACGAAACUAUUACUUUGCAUAUUAUUCUCAAAUUAAAGUCAGUUAAAAGCUAUUUUCCGAUUCUUUCUUAAUUUACGAUACAAUUUCACAUGUGCAAUUAUUAUGCUUAUUUGGCAAUAUGAUUGUCGACGUCUUUGUAAUUGACAAUUUUUUUCUGUGGGGGUAAUAUUCAGGCUAUAUGGUUGGCACAUUGCAACUUCCCAAUUAAGUUCAGUUAGUUUUUAUUAAGGAUGUGUCGGGCCUGAAAUUGUCUUGGAGGAACACAACGCCAAAUCCGAACGUUUAUUUUGUAUUUACUUCUGUAAUCUGAUCAAUUGUUGGAAGCAUGAUGAUUGUAACAGGUUUCAGCAUGAUGAUUGUAACAGGUUUCAGCAUUUACAAUCUCGCCAAAAACACAGCAUCAACUGAAGGGUCUGUGUUGAUUCACCACGCUUCGACCACGAUCACUUGGUUGUAAUGUUUUCAUAUUUAAUACAUUUUUUAGCACAUCUUCAAAAUUACAGUAGAACUAUGAGGUAAUAUCACAAUGAACCAACUUGUAGGUAAUUCAUUAGAAAGAGACUUCAUUCAAUAGUCCGCAAGAUCCUCUGAUUUAAGGCACAUUUGUUUUUGAAGGGUGAUUCGAAAAUUAUCACCAACAAAAAAGGUGCGCCAAUGCAAUCUAUGACGCCAUGAUAUAUGCCAAAAAUGAAGAUGAUCUUCAAAGGUUAUAAAUCUCACAGGAAAGCAGUAUAAUAUGACUAUCCCGACUGUAAAAAUUAUGUGCAUGACAACAUCAAAUAAGCCCACGAUGUAAAUUAGAACUAGAAGAUCAAAUAAUACAACAGAGAAUUAAAUUCAUGUACCUUGGUAUUAACAUAACAGUUAUGGAGACGUAGAAGACGUGGUAAAAGGACAAGUAACCAGAGCAAUCAGAGCAAAUAAGGAUGUCUUCAGAACUUAAUACGGCGAAAUAAUUUUAAAAGCAAAAAUUAUACCUAUACUUCAGAAACAAGACGAAACACAAAAAUGAAACAACACUUUGAGACCACAGGAAUGAAAAUUCUCAUGCGAAUCUCGAGAAAAACACAACCCUACCGAAAAAGAAACGAAAA